AUGAGUGCUUAUCAAGCGGCCUCCGGGUCCUCAUCCACCUCCGUCGCACCAACCGCGUCGGCGUCGGACGACCCGUACGCACCAUUCUACUACUGGGAUGCCACCGCCAACAACUGGUUGUUCGACUACAACUCCUACUACGCCGCAUAUGGCUACCCUUCGGACUACUACACCGCAUCUUCCUCCGACCCUUCCGCAUCGUCAUCCUCUGCAGCGCCGUAUGCGGAUGCAUCCGCAGUCGCAAAUCCUUACUACUUCGACAGCAGGUCCGCAUCCCAACAACCUGCUGCUUCAACCUACGAUCCCGCUCACGAUCCCUUUGCACCCACCACCACCACCUCCGCAGCGACGACCGCCGCUGACAACCGCUACGAUGAAUCUGGACGACUCAUACCCGGCAAACUCAAACGCGGCGAAACGCGUCCCACCGUCAUCCGUCGCGCAGCCGGCAAAAUCUGGGAAGACCAAACCCUCCUCGAAUGGGACCCCUCGCACAAACGUCUCUUCGUCGGCGACCUCGGCAACGACGUCUCCGACGAACUCUUGACCUCAUCCUUCUCCAAAUACCCCUCCUUCUCCAAAGCCCGCGUCGUCCGCAACAAGGAAGGCAAGGGCAAAGGCUACGGCUUCGUCGCCUUCGCCGAUCCGGAAGACUUCCUCAAAGCCUGGAAGGAGAUGAAUGGAAAGUACAUCGGCAGCCGACCGUGCAGGUUGAAGAAGGCCAGCGACGUGGUGAACCCGGUCGAGAUCGGUGCUAGGAAGGAUAGGAUGUUGGCGAUCAGCGCGAAGCAGGAUAGGGCGGAGUACAAGAAGAAGAUGGGCGGGGCGGUGGGUAGGAAUUUGAGGAGGGUGGGGUUGCACAGUAAGAAGUGA